GAAGGGACGCGCGGGCCGGGCGCGCCUAGACGGCCGCGAUGGCCGCGAUGGCGCUGGUGGCCCGCGGGCUCUGCCGAGGGCUGGGCUCCCACCCGGCCGCCCCAGGCCGGGGCGCUGCCGUCUUCCUGUGGCUCCUUCUGAGCACCUGGUGCACAGCUCCUCCUGCCAGUGCCAUCCAGGUGACCGUGUCAGACCCCUACCACGUGGUGAUCCUGUUCCAGCCGGUGACCCUGCCCUGCACCUACCAGGUGACCACGUCCCCCACGGUGCCCAUCGUGAUCUGGAAGUACAAGUCAUUCUGCCGGGACCGCAUCGCCGACGCCUUCUCGCCGGCCAGCGCUGACAACCAGCUCAAUGCCCAGGUGGCGGCUGGUAACCCGGGCUACAACCCCUACGUGGAGUGCCAGGACAGCGUGCGCACCGUCAGGGUGGUGGCCACCAAGCAGGGCAACGCCGUGACCCUGGGAGAGUACUACCAGGGCCGGAGGAUCACCAUCACCGGAAAUGCCGACCUGACCUUUGACCAGACGGCCUGGGGGGACAGCGGUGUGUAUUACUGCUCCGUGGUCUCGGCCCAGGACCUCCAGGGGAACAACGAGGGGUACGCGGAGCUCAUCGUCCUUGGCAGGACCUCUGGGGUGGCUGAGCUCUUACCUGGUUUUCAGGCGGGGCCCUUGGAAGACUGGCUCUUCGUGGUCAUGGUCUGCCUGGCCGCCUUCCUUGUCUUCCUCCUCCUGGGCAUCUGCUGGUGUCAGUGCUGCCCGCACACCUGCUGCUGUUACGUCCGGUGCCCCUGCUGCCCCGACAAGUGCUGCUGCCCGGAGGCCCUGUAUGCGGCCGGCAAAGCAGCCACCUCAGGCGUCCCAAGCAUCUAUGCCCCCAGCACCUACGCACACCUCUCCCCAGCCAAGACCCCGCCCCCACCAGCCAUUAUUCCCAUGGGCCCUGUCUACAACGGGUACCCUGGAGGGUACCCCGGAGACUUUGACAGGAGCAGCUCAGUCGGUGGCCACAGCUCCCAGGUACCCCUGCUUCGUGACGUGGACAGCAGUGUGACCUCAGAAGUCCGCAGCGGCUACAGGAUUCAGGCCAACCAGCAGGACGACUCCAUGCGGGUCCUGUACUACAUGGAGAAAGAGCUGGCCAACUUUGACCCUUCCCGACCUGGGCCCCCCAAUGGCCGCGUGGAGCGGGCCAUGAGUGAAGUCACCUCCCUUCAUGAGGACGACUGGCGACCUCGCCCUUCGCGGGGCCCCGCCCUCACCCCCAUCCGGGAUGAGGAGUGGGGUCGCCGCUCCCCCCAGAGUCCCCGGAGGUGGGAGCAGGAGCCCCCGGGAGGCGCGGGAGGCGGCUGGCGCGCCGGGCGGCCGCGGGCGCACUCCGUGGAUGCUCUGGAUGACCUGCGGCCCGGCUCCGCCGAGUCGGGGCGCCGCUCGCCCCCAAGCAGCGCGCGGCGAGGCCGGGCCUACGGGCCCCCGCGAAGCCGCAGCCGCGACGACCUCUACGAGCAGGACGAGCCGAGGGACUUCCCGCGCCCCCGGGGUGCCCACCACGAGGACGGCAGGGCGCGCUGCCCGCGGCCCCGGGACCCUCGGGACGACGGCUCCAGGGCGGGGGGCCCCCAGUACGACGGGCGGCUGCUGGAAGAGGCCUUGCGGAAAAAGGGGUCUGGGGAGAGGAGGCCGCGCCGGGACGAGGAGGAGGAGGAGGAGGAAGGCUACUACCCCCCCGCGCCCCCGCCCUACUCGCCCUACGAGACCGACUCGCAGGCGUCCCGGGAGCGGAGGCUGAAGAAGAGCCUGGCCCUGAGUCGGGAGAGUCUCGUCGUCUGACCUCGCCUUUUGUACGUAGCUUUUGUACUUUGUUUGUUUUUUAACUGGAAGCGACACUGAUGAAGCGCCUCCCCCGUCAAGCCUCAAUAAAGUCUGUGACCACGGG